AUGAGAAUUGCAGCAUUUUUAUUACUAUUAGCAACUGUUGGAAUGGUUUCAGCAGGUCCAAUCGAUUGCAAACCAAUGUUAACUCAAUAUUUCGAUGCUUGUCAUGCUGGAAAGUGUGUAAUGAUGGCUGGUGGUGGUCUCUCUGCUGAUGGUGUUCAUGCCAACUUCAAAGGAAAUUUGAAGGUCCAAGAUGGUUCAAUGCGUCCAAUCGAUAAAGUCAAUAUCCUUAGCAGUUCAUCGUAUGAAUGUAAUGCAAACAACAGAUAUCAACCAUUCUUGGCUGACAAGGUUGAAUCAAUUUCAAACUUUAAUAUCUAUCCAAAUGCUUCCAUUAAAAUUGAUGAUGCCAUGUUAUCUUUGAUUUGUGUUGAAGAACAUGGAAAUCAAUUCUCUUUCAAGAUCAGUAAUCUUAUUUUUUCAUUUGUUAUGUCCAUCCGUGAUAAUUGUGGUCAAAUCAAUUUCGGAGAGAAUUGUCAAACAACCACACCAACACCAACAACAACAUCAAGUACCACUGGAACACCAUCAACAGUUACAUUUGAAUUGAAAGUCACAAACUCAUGGGUUACUGGUGCUGAUACCUUCACUCAAUACGAUGUUAUCAUCAAGAACAAUGGUGCACAAACAAUCAACUCAUUGGUUAUCUCUCAUGAGAACUUUGUACCAACUGAUAAGUGGAAUAUUGAAUCACUCCCAAGUGGUGAUCUCACCUUACCAUCAUAUGGAUCUAUCGGUUCCGGUCAAACAUUCACCUUUGGUUUCAUCACCAAAUCUUCAACUCAACCAAAGUUCACCGUCAAAUCAUCUGCUUAA